CUUUAAACUUAGCUUAAAAUAAUGAAUUAAAUUAUUUCUCUGUUAUUCUCUUCAUAAUAAUGAUCUUUGAAUUGUUAAGUCCAAUGGUUAAUGGUUUGUACAUAAAUUAGUUAUCAUGUGUUGUACCUUGUUUUCAUAUGAAUAAAGUUAAAUGAUUAAUGAACUAAACUGUGUCUUUCGGAUUAUGAGACCCAAAGGUAGUAUGACUUUCAACAGGGUAGAAGCUACACCUUCCUGGAUUCAAACCUUAUCGCACUUUUAAAACUCUUUUUUAUCUUUGCUGCAAAUCUCUGAAUUAGGUUAUUUUUCGGUACAUUUUCUAGCGGGAUCUACCAUUUCCUAGUCAAUACUCUUUAUUAUUAUUUUUUGUCAGUUUCAAUUUUCUCUUUCAAAUAGUGUUGUAUGUUGUUCACCGAGUUGUAAAAAAUCACACACGUAGGCGUCUUCUUCAAGUAAUGUUUCAACUCACUUUUAUCUGAAUCAUAGUUUGGUGAGGCAAUAGUUCCCUGGUUUUGACCGACCUGUCAUGAGUUCAAACACCGCCUCAUAUAUCCUGGUUUUAACAGUUAGAUAUUGAGUAUCAUAAACUCUCACAUUGUGUUUUAGUCAAGUACUCAGAAUGUGUGUGUCUGCGCAUAAACACACUAAUCCAGACGUUUGCUUCUUGCAUCUUUUACCGCUUCUCAUGCGUAUUCUUCUCCUAAUUUUCGUUCUACUGUUUUCCUCAGUCGUACUGAUUAAUAUGAGUUGGAUAAGUAAUAAAUAUUGUUUUUCCAUUUGUUAAACGUCAAAUUAUUUGCUUACUGAGACUCAUUCUUAGUUUUUGAAUUUUUUUAGUAUUCUUAUCUGUAACAAUGAACGUUCGAUUUUUAUCGGAACAAACGUUAUCAGCUUUACCGGGAGAAAGUGGAAGUAUAGCUGAAGCAAUAGGUCCUGUUGAAGGAUUAGCACAACCGUCAUCAGGUGAGCCGAUAGAUCCAAGCAGUGCAAGCGCUUUAACUGCAGCUUUCAAUUUCACGGGUACAACUGCAUCAGCUAACGGUGCCACAAUGCAAGAAUAUUUUUUACAAGCAGUAGUCUCGUCACCUAUGCAACACGAAUUGCUAUUGAAUCGGCUUCAUGGAUUGUGUCGUGAAUGUACAGAUUUCUGCGACCAAGAGAUUAUAUUUGAAAUAAGCAGUGAUAGCCGAACAGAUACAGGUAAUGUUGUGGGCAACAGAUCAUCUGCGAAUACUUCUGCUGCAGUCGGUGUCUUGGCAGCCUCUGCAUCCGGUAGUACAGCUGUCACUGUACGUGUACGUCGCAGCCUGUUAAGUAAAGCCAAUAGAGUUGGUCGUGAAUUUUCUGUUCUGCGGUACUUAGGCGCUGUAGAAACUGACAAAAUAAUUUUACGACGUAGUUGUCUUGAAAUGCCCGUCAUUGGACCGAUUGUCAGCUUUUUGUGUGAUUUAGGCUUUGAACAUGAAUUCACUUAUAUUGCCGAAGGUCAAGAAUUUGUUCGUGGACGUGUUAAAAUAUUAGUUUACACUGUAAAUGAAAUCACUCAAUAUCAUAGUUUAACAGUUUCAAAUUCUAUGGGAUUAAGUUUUGAUGGACAGGAACUAGCACCCAAAGAGUGGAGACGUCUCUGUUCUGGUAGUUGGAUGGUCGAGAUGAGUAUUAUGGGCAGCCCUGCUGACGAUUCCUUACAAGACGAAAUAACUGAAUUCUCAGAACUUCUUCAUCCACUUGUUGUACCAACAAAGCUUGACCAUAGUCUGUUCACUCGUAAAUGAUGUGUCACCACAUUCAACCUGUGUACGGCUUACUUUUAAAUUAUGGAACCUUAUUUGUCCAAUCAGAAAAAUAUUUUGCUGACCCAUGUAAAUAUAAUGUCAUUGCUCAAAUACAAACGCUCUCUGGACGAAUU